AUGACGGUCGGACUGGAGAUGCAGGCCGCGAAUCCUCCACGCCUGCACUCUUUUGCGUACAACCCUGGAAUUCGCACAGAGCCCAGCUGUGGUGUCUCCUUUGACUUGACUGCCUUUAUCUCAUGGGAUAAGGUCCGAAGUUUGAUGGAUGUGUACACGUCGACUGUCCAUCCGGUGUUUGGACUGCUGGACAUGGAGCGGCUGUACCACCGAUGCGAGGAGCACUGGCACGGGAAAGCACAAGGCCUGGGCCUGGAGGCGCUGAUCAGCGGAGUCAUUGCCCUCGGCUCGCUCUUUUCUGGUUUUCUCGACGAAGACAAGGAGAUGAGAAUCGUGCUGCAUGCGAAGGAGGUCCUGGAAGAUGCGUCGGUCAGUCGGGCGCCCUCCAUUGACAAGAUCGCCGGGUGGAUCUUGCGUACCAUCUAUGUGCGAGCGACCAGUCGGCCACACUCGGCUUGGUUGUGUAGCUGCACCACGAUGCAUCUUGUUGAAGCCACUGGCCUACAUCAGCCAUUAGACGCGGUCAUUCUGACCACCGGAGCUAGUGGCAGAAAGGCCCUGGAGGAUAUCAUUGAGACUCGGGACCGUAUUGCCCAGUUUUUUGGUCUGGUCAGAGCUUUUCCGCUUGACAACAAUGCUGACCUGGCUGCGAGGCGGGAUGAGUUGGCCAUGGGGCUCGAGAACGUGGUCAAGGUGUCGGUUGAGCAUGACUUUUUGAUAUUAGUACGAGCAGACCUUGCAUUUUGUAUCUACCGCCGAAUUCGACUUCUAGACUCUGCACCGCCUCAAGAACAGCUUGAUCGAGUCAUCGAGGUCGGUCGUUCCGCAUUACCUUCUGCCCGGCGACUGGUGGCACAGAAUCAUCCGUGGUGGAAUGUGGUUGGUACUGUCUUCCAGUUCAUCUGCGUUCUUGUCGCCAUCGAUACAACCGAGAGUCUGGAGAGAAUCCCGGAAGCCAUGGAAAGCUUGGAAAUGAUCGCACAACGAUUGAACACGCAUUUGGGAAAUGAAGCGCUUUACGCGGCACGCCAUCUCAUCAAUGCGUCAUUGGAGAAGAAGCGAAAAGGCGUCUCGAUCCUCGAGCGGGUGCCGGGAAUCUCUGCACCAACUGACUCUGAUCGCUUGGGAAGACAAUGGCUCCCUUCAGAUUCGCUGCUGGAUUCCUUUCAGCAAACACCUUCGAUCGAUAUGGACUUUCUUCUCGCCGCGAAUGCCGCAUAUGCAGGAUUCCAUGCCCAAAGUUCUCCCGGCGUCAUUGGACGCGAGAAGGCUGGCGCCCACCAGUUGAGCAAUGCUGCGGGCAGCGCCAGAAGUGCUAAGACGUCUAGCGUUAACAGUGCACUUGCCGGUAGUCGUGGGACUGAUCGAUUUCUGUUGGAGACGGGGACGAUAUCUGCCAGAUCCGUGCAGAUCGCCCAGCAUGCCUAG